AAACUUUAUGGUUACCUUCUUAUCUACGAAUAUUAGUAUCUGGUAAUUGUUUACUUUUUAUUGCAUUUAUUCUUUAUAUUAAUAUAUAUUGUAUGACUAAUCCACAAAUUAUAUCAAUUCGCAAUUACUAUCACUUUUAUUAAUUUAGCGAUGAAUUUAAACAACGUAUGGUUAGUUUUUAAACAAAAUAUUUUGAGCUAGUGAUUGAUAAAAACGCUAUUCUUUGUACUUAUGAAGUCAAAUAAACCAUGUUUAUAAAACCGCAAGAAGUGCUCAUUGCUAACGCGUUUUGGGAAACUGAAAGAAAUUCUUUAUACUUCAUUUUACAACAUAGAAAAGGUCAUGGCAACUUUAAAGGUUUAUCUUCACUUCUUGUGGGAACAAUGGACAGUAUUUUUGAUACCAAACCUGCUCCAUAUCGGAUUCUACAUCAAACGCCAUCCUCAGAAGUAUAUCAGUUAGUAGCUUGUGCAAUGACUAAGCAGGAGAUUAUAGAUGACUGGGAAUGGCUUUUCACUCAUGUAUCAGAAACUUUACAUUCUUUCGACAAUGAAGAAGAUAUAACUGACUUUGUAAUUUGUAAAAUUGAGUCGGUUAUUGCAACAAGACAAAAUUGCGAGAUUGAAGAUGAGGAUACGAAAUCAUUUAAACUCACAACUGAAAAGUUCCAUAGGCUAUUCAAAUUACCAAGAGAUGAAAAAUUGGUCAACUACUAUUCUUGCAGUUAUUGGAAAGGAAAGCUUCCUCGUCAAGGUUGGAUGUACCUUUCCAUCAACUAUUGCUGUUUUUACGCUUUUAUCUUGGGUUUGGAUACAAAAGUGUGUGUUAGAUGGUCAGAAGUAACGAGUCUAGAUAAGAAAAAUGGGGUUAUACUUCCAGAUUCGAUACAACUUUGUACUAGAGAAAAAGAAUACAAUUUUAGUAUGUUUUUGAGUAGAAAUGAAACAUUCGCCCUAAUGGAACAACUAGUAGAUUUAGCAAUAAAAAGGUUAAUUGAUGACAAAAGGAGUUAUAGUGAAGAUAGAGAACUAUUGAACAAAUUGAGCAAAAAUGUACCUAAGAAAGCAUCAUUUUUAAAAAGAGAUCUAGAUGCUAGGGCACAAUCAGAGGCCUAUAGAUUGAUGUUCAGACUUCCAUCUUCGGAAAAACUAGACGGAUCUAUAGAUUGCACUCUUUUUACACCUUACAAUAAAAGGCACGUCAGCGGAAGACUAUUUUUGUCACAGAAUUUCAUUUGCUUUGAAAGUAGGGUGAAGGCUCAAGUAAGUUUGGUAAUACCAUUGAGAGAUGUUUCAGUAACGGAAAAAAUCGAAACGAAUUCUUCGAAUCAACCAUUAGAUAAAGCAAUCAUUGUUACAACUGGGGACGUACUUAAUAAAACAAAUUUCAUUUUUGCUCAAAUUUUAGACAGAGAUUUUGUCGUGGAAAAGAUAGCAGAACUUUUGGCUAAAACAAAAGAGCCCAAGAGGACAAACUCGAACGAAAUUGUAAACGACCUCAAAGCUUACACCAACUGGAAAUGUCAAUAUGCGUUGAUGAGAACUUUUCCUUUGAGUCCGAUUCCCGAUAUCUAUAGGAAACAGGAACAGAGAGCUAGAGAUUGGGAAGAGCAUUUUAAUAUAUAUGGACGUGGUGUAUCUAUGUAUAGAACGACAGAGGUCGCUACGUUAGUUUUACAAGGAGUACCUGAUCAUCUUAGGAUGGAGAUCUGGAUGUCUUUUUCAGGGGCCGCACAUGAGAAAGCUUCACAUCCAGGUUAUUACCAAAAAAUAGCAAGUACAGCUCUACUGCUGCAGUCGACGUCUAAUGAUGAAAUAGAAAGAGAUCUUCACCGAUCUCUACCAGAACAUCCAGCUUUCCAAAAUCCAAUUGGUAUAGAUGCCUUACGGAGAGUCCUCUGUGCUUAUGCUUACCAUAAUCCGAGCAUAGGUUACUGUCAGGCUAUGAAUAUUGUUGCUUCUGUUCUAUUGAUAUAUUGUAGCGAAGAAGAAGCAUUUUGGUUGUUGGCAACUUUGUGUGAAAAUCUUUUACCGGAUUAUUAUAAUACUAGAGUAGUAGGUGCUGUUGUAGAUCAAGGAAUAUUGGAUGAACUUAUUCUAGAACAUUUACCAAGCCUUCAUGACAAGCUAAAUCAAUUGGGUAUGAUUAAUAUGAUAUCUUUGUCGUGGUUUUUGACAAUAUUUUUAUGUGUGAUGCCUUACGAGAGUGCCGUUAACGUUAUGGAUUGUUUUUUCUAUGACGGAACCAAAGUUAUUUUCCAAGUAGCUCUUAUGUUACUAGAUUGGAACCAAGAGAGGCUUCUAGCAUGUAGAGAUGAAGGGGAAGCUAUGCAAUUGUUGUCAGAAUAUUUAAUGGGUGUUUUUAACGACGAGGGACGAGGAGCCAUUAGAAAUAAAAGUUAUGAUGAACAAAAAAGGAGUAUAUCUAUUCAGGCAUUAAUAUACGAGGCAUAUCGAAAAUAUGGAUUCCUAACAACGGGUCAGAUAGAAAGGUUACGUUUGAAACAUAGAUUAAGAGUCGUACAAGAAUUAGAAGAUAAUUGUGAAAGGAAUAUAUUGAGAUGCGUAUCUGCGGAUGGUUUCUUCACUCAGGAAGAACUACAAGAUCUUUUAUCAAUAGUAAGAGAAGAAAUUAUCAGUCAGAAGAAAUGUAUUCCAGAUAAACACGAUCCUUCGAUGCAGCCAUACGAAGCGUACAAAGUAGAUUUUGAUUUUUUCAAAAUUCUUUUCGCAGCUCUAUCGCCCUGGGGAAGAGCAGAGACAGCAGAAUGCUUGGCUGCUAGAAUAUUUACAUUAAUGGACCAAAACCAAGACAGUUACCUCAGUUUUCGAGAAUUAGUUGCAGCUUUAGGUCUAACCUGUACAGCUGAUCCUACUCAAAGACUUAAAUUAUUAUACGCCAUUCAUCUACCUCCUAUUUUAAAUAUGUCCGAUAUCGAAUCUCCAGUCAAAAAUGAAUGUGGUACUGAAGUAGCUGCAGAAGCAACGGAUUUUUUUACAAACGUACAACAAAGUGUUAGUGUGGAUAUUUUGUAUUCGAGUGAACCCACAACGCCCAGUACCUCAAACUAUCAAAGGCAAAAAUCUUAUGAUACCCAAGUGUCAACUGACUCUUCUUCGUUGGGUACAGGAGAUACGAAUUGGGAAACGAAAAGUUUGACAAAUCUGAGGAAUCUGGUUCAAUCUAAGGAAGGUAAAAUAAAUAUAAAAUCAGUUCCUAAAAUGUCUCAACCCAGAUUUAUAACCAUGUGGAAAUCGGUGUACGAUAUCUUACAAACGGAACCAGACGAUUUGGUAAGUGAAGUGUAUCAAGCGAUGACUAAUACUGUAACGUUGUUAUUUGAGCUUGGGGACGUGGGUAAACAAUUUUUCGCGAGUAGGGAUGAAUCUGACGAUAGCUUAGCUUCAGUUGCUAAUGCAGCAUUAGCUGAAACCGAUGUUGGAACACUUUCGCCAGAUAAAAACGGAAAUCCUUUGACACCAAAAACAGAACCCUAUUGGCAUAUUACCGUCGAACAGUUUUUAGCCUCCAUCCUAAACUCUCAACCGUUAGUUGACUUUUUCUCCAAAAGGAACCCAAUAAGCGAAAAGAUUCAACAACUGAAAUCUAGAAAAUAUUAUCACAUGAAUUCGUAUUCUUUAUACGAUGUGGCUGCUUUGAGAGUCUGAUAUGUGUUAUAAUUUGUUAGUAUAAUUAAAUUGUUGAAACAUCGCUCAAAAUAUUUAAAUAUUGAGUGUUUGUUUGAAAAUAAGUUUGUGAUUGAUUUUUAUAUUUGGUAAUUGCAAAGCUUAAUAACAAUAUUUUUUCUACUCACACGAUAUAGUUUGAACAACUCAAAUGUGAACUCUAUUGAGUUGUUACAGAGUUUUAUAGAAAAAUCUUUCUUAUAAAUUUGGCUUUCAUCAACUAUCCUAACAAAGUAUUCGCAGUAAAAAAAUAUAGUUCAUGGAACUGGUUUUUGCUUCAAUAAAUGAACUCAUACAAACAAUUAAGGGCAUAAGAAAAUUAAAAUGUGUAAUAAGUUAAUGUCCUACUUUAGGACAAAAAUAAUUGUAGUUAGAUCCAGUUUAUUACUUUCAGGGUUAGAAAAUUGAGAUGGAUCACUAAUUUUGAUAUUGUUAUAUACUGAACUAUUUAGAUCAUUUUUUAUUUUUUUAUAUUUAUUUUUCUACUGUUCUAAUAUUUGUUUUCGUCACAUUCAUAGUAGAUUCCUGCUCCAUUUUUUCUCUAUCUCACUAAAUCUAAUUCCCAUUACAUUUCAAUAAUGAUUUAUUAAAGUCUCAAUUCAGGUAACUAAGUAUAGUAUAUAUUAUUAUUUUUCAAAUUGUAUUAUUUCGAUAAUUUUUUCAUUUUCUUCUGUAUAUAAUUAUAAUUGAAUUUUUGGUAUAUUCCUAUCUCAUUUAGCUCUAUGAAACUUGAAUAAAAUUUGGGGCAAACCAUAGGAUUUCAUAUUUCAGAAAUCCUAUAGUCUCAGACCUACUACUCUAAUAUUGGUUUUCGUUGCUGUUUCUAGUACAUUGUCCUGUUUCUAUAUCAAAAGAUACUACUUCGAAAACUAUAUCUCAUCUUUUAAUAUCCCGUUUUAGGAAACAUAGUAAAGUAGUAAACCCCAUAGUAUUAUUUAUAUAGUAGAAAGUGGACAUUGAUAGAUUUAGUAAUUUUUAUAAUGUUUAAACUGUACUAUUUUGAUCAUUUCGUGUAUUUUUAUCACCGCUUCAAUUUCUUUAUCAAACUUCAAUAGAAUAUGGGAAAACUACAAGAUUUUACAUUUCAAUUAAAAUCACUUAAUGUCCCACUAUUAUAAAAUGUAGUGAGAUACAUAAAAGGACAAAGACUCAACUGGGCUGGGCAUAUAAUAAGAAGAAAACCAACCGAAAUUAUCAAAAAAAUAACGCAAUGGACUGGACUGGAAAAAUGAAAUAGAGGAGGACAUAAGAGCACUUAAUAUAGAGAACUGGAGAUCAAAAUACAGGAACCGAGAGGAUUGGAAAAUAAUAACAAAAGCAGUCAAGACAAACGAUAAACUAUAAAGAAAACAAGGAGUAAUACACCUCAAAAAAGGAUUCUAAUCCAAAGGAUUGAAUGGCUUGAUGAUUAUGAAUGUCCCACUUUAGGAAACAGCGAACUUUCAACACGUUCCAGAUCACUAUCGCUAACGGUAGGUAGUAGUAGCACUAAUCGCUACGUCCGCUGAAUGUGACCUUUGUUUUCAUCACUAUUAUCAAACAUCAAUAGAAUAUGGUGAAACUCAUUGUAUUACUACCUGGAUAGAUAUUGAUUAAAUUAAUUUUAAUAUUGUUUAAAUUGUACUAUAUAUAAAUUAGAAGAAAUUAUUUCAACACAUUUAUAAAAAAUGAUUAUACAUUAGUUAUAUCUUUAAUUAUUAAACGUUAUUAAUUAAUACCUUUAUUAACGAAUAUGUAUGUCAAGUUUAUAUAAUUUAUCCACAUAUAUGAAUCAGUAUUUAAAUGAAUGUAUAAAAUAUUUAAUUGAGAGAAAGUAUUCAAACCUUUCCUUUUCAUUAACUUACCACUAUCUAGAUUAGUUUAAAGCCAAAUUAUUUCGAAAAAUUAUAUAAGAAACAAAAUUUCUGCAAGAGUUGAAUAUCUGUAGCUGUCGUUACCUUUGUCAGAUUAUAAUAAAUUAGAAACUCAAUAAAAUUGUCAGUAUAAUAAAUUUCGUUUAACAAGCGUUUGUGUGUAGUAGUAAACAAGCAGCUAAAAGUUUUCAAAAUAUUUAGGCAUUUAUAAAUGAAAUAUCGUGCAAUAAUCUUUAUAAUUUUUAAGAUAACUAAAAAUCGUGAGUGUUCGUGUUACUAAUUCAACUUGUAUGUAUAUGUGUGGGUUACAUUUUUAUCUUAAAAAUUCAUCCAAAAAACAAAUAAUCUCAUGUAAUAAUCUUUGGUAUGCACGAGGCCCCGGUAAGGCGACAGGAGCGUCAUCUAUUGAGCAGACAUGACGACAAGGCGUCGGCCUGUUGUUAAUGCGUUUCGAGGAGAAAGGACAUUGCAAGUGAUUAUUGUAUAUAGUGAGAAAUUGAUUCAUCAUGACCGUGAGCGCUAUCGGAAGAAAGUUCAGAAGUGUGGUUGUGACCCGUUUGAGCUGCGAUACGAAGAUUUGGACCAGUGGCCACGCGUGACCGAAUUAGACAGACUGGAUUACCUAGUUUUCCGCAUGAACUUCACGACUAAAGAAGCUAUGAGGAAUUACAAGAGCUUAGAAGCUCACAAUUUCCUUACCUAUAACCUUGUAUUUCCUCCUCGUGUGAAAGUGCUGCCAGGAGAACGUGUGAUAGUAUAUGUGGCACCAUAGUGUUCCUAUUUCCUCUUAUUCGUCUGUAAUCAGGAUUUAACUUUUCUUCUCACUUUCAUUGCUUUCAAUUCUCCUAAAUCAUUCAGUCUCAUUAUUUCCUCUGCGGGAAACCCAAUAUGGCCGACGCCCAGUCGUCAUAUCUAACCGCUAGAUGUCGCUCACAAGGGCAAAAAUUGCAUCCCGCAUGACUCGUGAACUCCAAGAAUAUUGAUGAAUUUAUUCUGAGAAUACUUUUCGCUACCUCUACUCUAUUACUAACAAUUACAAUACUUUAUGUGUGUUUCGAAAACCAACUUAUCGUUUUCGGAGACCGAAAAUAACAUUGUUCGGUCUCUGUAAAUGAAAAUUUAAGUUACUGUUGAAUAUUGGAAAUAAUAGAGUUGCUUAUGUGGUUGAUAUGUGGAUGGUACAAUUAUUAAGUAACUCUGUUUCAACUUUUUACAGGGUUGAAAAUUCAGUUGAUUAUAAUUUGUCAAUAUCCAUGAAACUCAUGAUUUUUAGUGUAUACGAAUUUUAUCCAACUCUUAUUAUAUUCCCUUACGUGAGAUUUGAUAUAAUCUUUCGCAAAUAUUUUUUUUAUAAAUUGUAAUAUAUUGUCAAUAAUU